UCUCCUCCACACGCACAAAACGCUCUGUCAUGGCGUCUUCCAACCAUGUUACCCCCACCAACUGUGGCUGGUGGCCCAUCUCCGCCAUGGACGAGGACGGCAAAGUCGCGGACGGGGACGAGUGCGAGGAGCCCACGGCGGAGAGCAAACCUUUCAACAAAGACAGGCUGGUUUUGUACCACUGGACGCAGUCUUUUACCUCCCAAAAGGUCCGUCUUGUCAUCCACGAGAAGGGGCUGGUGUGUGAGGAGAGAGAUGUGAGCUUGCCACUGCAGGAGCACAAAGAGCCAUGGUUUAUGAGGCUGAACCUUGGCGAGGAGGUGCCUGUCUUCCUCCACGGCGACAACAUCAUCAGCGACUACAACCAGAUUAUAGACUACCUGGAGACCAACUUUGUCGGAGACACAGUGGCACAGCUGAUUCCAGAUGCAGACUCGCCCAUCCAUGAGCGUGUGCAGCAGUAUCGUCAGCUACUGGAUGGCCUUCCAAUGGACGCUUACACGCACGGAUGCAUCCUCCAUCCAGAGCUCACUCUCGACUCUAUGAUCCCAAAGUACGCCACCGCUGAAAUACGUAGACAUCUGGCCAAUGCAGCAACAGAGCUGAUGAAGUUAGACCACGAGGAGCCCCAGCUGACAGAACCAUACCUGUCUAAGCAGAAGAAGCUCAUGGCUAAAAUCUUGGACCACGAUAACGUGAACUACCUGAAGAAGAUUCUGGGAGAGUUAGCCAUGGUUUUAGAUCAGGUGGAGGCUGAGCUGGAGAAAAGGAAACUGGAGUAUCAAGGUGAAAAGUGUGAGUUGUGGCUUUGUGGACCUGACUUUACACUAGCUGAUGUCUGCCUGGGAGCUUUGCUGCACAGGCUCAAGUUCUUGGGACUUUCUAAGAAAUACUGGGAGGACGGCAGUCGGCCCAACCUGCAGUCUUUUUUUAUGCGUGUGCAAAAACGCUACGCUUUCCGCAAGGUCUUGGGCGACAUCCACACAACACUCCUAUCCGCAGUGCUGCCUAACGCCUUCCGGAUGGUAAAAAAGAAGCCGCCGUCCUUCUUCGGGGCCUCCUUUCUAAUGGGCUCCCUCGGAGGGAUGGGCUACUUCGCCUACUGGUUUUUAAAAAAGAAAUACAUGUAGUGAAUGCUCCCUUGGUGUGUUCAAUGUCUGUGCAUUUGUGUGAUGUUUGAACUUUUCUGUAACAUUCAAUGACUGCAGGAAAAGCCUACUGAAUAUAGAGAACACUAAUACUUACCUGGGCCACUAAAGAUAUAUUCAAACAUUCCAUAAUAAGACAUUCUUGACAGCACAUUUUCUGGUAGUCAAGGCCUUCAUACAUUUUCCUUUUUUGCUGUGUUGGCAUGCAACUGGCCAAUUUACAGUACACCGAAUACCAAUGCAGUAACACAAACCGGGAUGAAGUACUUUGGCAUGCCACUACUCAUACUCACAUCUACUGUUCAGUCCUUAUCACAGCACAUGAAGUAUCGCUACUGAGUAGGGAUGUUCCGAUCAGGGUUGUAUGCUAUAGCAACUAUCCAUGGCCAAUACCGAACACAUUUAUUAACUGUAAAUCGUUCUAAUUAUUAAUGGUGAGUGCUAUUGACAGUUCGGCCGAGUCAUACCAAAGACUAUAAAAAUGUGUACCUCCCUGCUUGGCACUCAGCAUCAAGGGUUGGAAUUGGGGGUUAAAUCACCAAAAAUUAUUCCCGGGCGCGGCUACCGCUGCUGCUCACUGCUCCCCUCACCUCCCAGGGGUUGAGAGUGAGGGUGAUGGGUGAAAUGCAGAGGAUAAUCUCACCACACCUAGUGUGUGUGUGACCAUCAUUGGUACUUUAACUUUAAACAAUAUCAACACAGUAUUUUAAAUAACAAAACAAAGUCAUUAGUAUAUACCGUAUUUUUCGGAGUAUAAGUCUCACCGGCCGAAAAUGCAUAAUAAAGAAGGGAAAAAACAAAUAUGAGUCGCACUGGAGUAUAAAUCGCAUUUUUGGGGGAAAUGUAUUUGAUAAAACCCAACACCAAGAAUAGACACACAAUAAAGGCAAUUUAAAAUAAAUAAAGAAUAGUGAACAACAGGCUGAAUAAGUGUAUGUUAUAUGACGCAUAAAUAACCAACUGAGAACGUGCCUGGUAUGUUAACGUAACAUAUUAUGGUAAGAGUCAUUCAAAUAACUAUAACAUGUAGAACAUGCUAUACGUUUACCAAACCAUCUGUCACUCCUAAUCGCUAAAUCGGAUGAAAUCUUAUACGUCUAGUCUCUUACGUGAAUGAGCUAAAUAAUAUUAUUUGAUAUUUUACGGUAAUGUGUUAAUAAUUUCACACAUAAGUCGCUCCUGAGUAUAAGUCGCACCCAAACUAUGAAAAAAACUGCGACUUAUAGUCCGAAAAAUACGGUAAUAAUUUAAAAAAUGCAAAAACUACUAUCUACAAAUCAUUUCAAUCUUUUCGUUUUUGCCCUCAAAGUCCUCCUGUGUCCAUGGAAUUAUUCACUAAAUUUGUAAACAUUAACAAAAAUGACAACAAAAUGAUUGAGGAAAUACAAAUAUCUAUGUAAUUACUCUUGUAUCGAUUAUACGCUGAGCCGACCUUUUGGUAUCGACGCCGCCAAUUACGUGUUGUGUACUGACUGUGACAAUGCUGACACACAAACAGUUUUUGGUAUAUUAUCCUCUUUCUAGACUUUUAUUAAUCUACCGUAUUUUCCGUGCAACAGAGUGCACUGCUAUUUAAGCUGCACCUACCAAAUUUGAGAAGAAAUAAAUAUCUUUACACAUAUUAGCCGUGCCGGACCAUAAGCCGCAGAUAUAUACUGCUACGAAAGUUGUUUUUUUUUUUUACAUACGUUAAUUGUUUGUAACACAGGAGUAAAACAGCUGAUCAAACAAAACAGAAGUCAUUGCCAUGGACCCACUAGCUGCGGAAGUUAGCUCUCUAAUCCGCCAAACAGACUCAAUAACUCCACGGUGACGUUUUGGUGAGUUUACGAAACUGAAACAAUACAAAAAGAAUGGAAUUGUAAGUUAAUAAUACUAACACAGACACUCGUAAACAAGUAAGCAUAUUCGCCAAUGACGCUAGCUUGAUUACAUUACAAUAGCACGUACAAAUAUGCAUUUGCAUAUGCAUAUUUGUACGUGCAUAUGCAUUUGCAUAUGCAUGUGGGUUACCCACAUAUGCGGUCCUCUCCAGGGUUUCUCAUAGUCAUUCACACCGACGUCCCACUGGGGUGAGUUUUCCUUGCCCUUAUGUGGGCUCUGUACCGCGGAUGUCGUUGUGGCUUGUGCAGCCCUUUGAGACACUUGUGAUAUAGGACUAUAUAAAUAAACAUUGAUUGAUUGAAACCACUACUACAGACAUCAGACAUGGGACGAUUUAGUAAGUACGAAUUGUUUUAGUUAAAUUGUAAAACUUACAAACGUUGCUUGAAGUCAUAAAUUAAGAAUCAUUUUGAGAAGCGCAAUGGGCGUUUAUACUUCUGGUUCAAAGCACGAAGCCGGAAGUACAUUUUCAACCCACAGCACCUGCAGUGGGUGAACUCGUUUAAAAGAUGGCGGCAUAGCAGACACAAUAACAUACCUUUUCAGUGUCUCUGUCGGUGUGAUACAAAACAUUAUGGCCUUAAGCUAAGAAAAAGCCAUAAAUUAGCUGCACCGUUUCAUAAGCCGGAGAGUACACAGCAUUGGAAAAAAGUUGUGGUUUAUCGUCCGGGAAAUACGAUACUUGUUCAUUUCCUGUUAAUAAUUGUAUUGUAACAUGCUUCUAUCUAUAAGCACGUAUUAUUUAAAGCCAGUUUAGCGCCUAGCAUCACUACUGCUGGCUUGCGCUCGGUGUGUAACAUGUUAAAUGGGUUAUACUUGUAGAGCGCUUUUCUACCUUCAAGGUACUCAAAGCGCUUUGACACUAUUUCCACAUUCACACACACAUUCACACACUGAUGGCGGGAGCUGCCAUGCAAGGCCCUAACCACGACCCAUCAGAGGCAAGGGUGACGUGUUUUGCUCAAGGACACAACGGACGUGACGAGGUUGGUAGAAGGUGGGGAUUGAACCAGGAACCCUCAGGUUGCUGGCACAGCCACUCUUCCAACUGCGCCACACUGUCCACUGUUGAUCCUCAUCUUCCACUGAUAAUAACACUUAAAUAUACUUAAGACAAUAAGAAAGGCAGUUUAUUUACUGUAAUGGAGGUGAUUUUCAUUCAUUUAGAGGAGCGGCUCCACACUGUGUAUAGACACUCAUAAUUAGCUAUACGCUUGUCAGCCAGGGGACCAAAAAUAAAUAGUUUCAUUCAGACAGGAUCUGUGCUUUAAAAGACCUUCAUCGGCAACAUACUUUUUCACAAAAAUUGGGGACUGAAAGAUCGGCACAUCCCUACUUCUGAUACUAUGCUGCUUUGCAUAGAAAAGGUGAACUCUUAAUAUGAGAGUCAACAAAGUCAAGGCGCACACACACACACGCACACGCACACACUGACUUUACAUAGAGCACAUGGCCCACUGUCACUAAGCAGGAGUUCAUUAAAGUGAUGUGUGUUUCCUCGCUAGUCAGGUUUUGUGAAGGUGCCAUUUUUCUGCAAACUUCGAAAUGAACAACGGCCCAGCAAUAAUGAGCAGGAAAAAUCAAUAGAUUCUUUAUUUCCUUUCAAGAUUUAACAGAGGAAACAGUGACUCGUGAAAUGGAAGCAUUGAAAUUGAGACAAUUUGUCAAGGCUAUGUUUGAAGACACAAUCUUCUACUCUGCCCAGUGUUAACUUGUUACUUGCUGUUUCUCCAUGACAACAGCUGAAGUCAUCCAGCCCAGGGCUUCUCAAACUUUUUUCAACAAGUACCACCUCAGAAAAAAACUAGUCUCUCUAAGCACCACCAACAAGCUGUAUUCUAAUGACCAACAUUAAAAUACAGUAGUGUAGUAAGCCUAAGUAUUCAUUAAAACAAGGCAGAGGUUUUUUUUGACAAGUAUUUUUAAUAUUUUUGGCCACUGUAACAUUACACAGUUUGAACAGUAACACUGUGUUUGAAUAUAGGAAAAUAAAGCACUGUACUAUAAUCAAGUGAUUAUUUGGCGUACCACUAGUGGUACACAUACCACAGUUUGAGAAGGUCUAGACAAUGUCCUGAGCUAAAACUCUUGAGUGCAGGAAAUAAGCAGCCAACUUGGUUUUUAUUAAGCAUCCGGUUUCAUGUUCCUAUUGAUUCUCUGGGCAGAAGUCCUUUUAAUUAGGGAACACAUGUGAGAUUGAUGACUUGAGGAACACACACAGAAGUGUGCAUGAACAUGAUGAGCUCUAAUGAGCACAAUGGGACAUAUCAUGUGAUUUAAGUGUAGGAAGAUUGUGUGAUCAUGCCUUUUAGCUAUUGAGUUUGCAACCGACAUCAUCUUCUAAAUGCACUAAGAUUCAUUUUAAUUAACUGGAUUUGCGACUCCACCUUUUGGGCCCGCCUGGAAUCUCCUGCAUCACACACACAGUCAAGACAUUGUAUAUGUGAUGGUGGCCGUUAUAUCUCACGAUAGUAUUUUUUUAUUUUCUACUUUUUAUGUUUUUAUAUUUCUAUUUAUAUGCAUUUAUUUAUGGUGCUUUUUAUGAUGUUUGUUCAUAAGCCUUAAUUUAUUCAGUUGCCAUCAAUGACAAAUAAAAACUAAAAAUGCAAAGAUAAGAGCAAAUUUUGUUGUGAUUUGGGGAAAAGCAGAAGACCUAAAGUUAUAAUUGCAUGGUUACAGUUGGGGUGAUUUCACUGUAAUGAUAUAUACAUUGGGAGCUCCCUAAAGUGUGACUUUUCAUUUGUAUGAGUUGGUUUUAAAUCAUCUAUUAUUACUUUUGUAUGGACUGUGAGAACAUUGCACAACACUUCAUUGAGUGGAAACAUUUCAUUCCAUGUCAUUGGCACAUGCAAGGCAGAUAACAAGCAGUUUGAUCUACCUUUCAAUGCAUCGCAUAAACAAAUAAAUAGUGUCAUAUUGGUUUCAAAUCAAAAGUGAUACCAUACCAUACCAUACCAACUUUAUUUAUAAAGCCCUUUAAAAACAACCACAGUUGAAAAACAAAGGGCUGUACACCACAAAGAAAUAAAGGCAAAGGACAGACUAAAAAAUAAAAUUUAAAACAGAAGUAAAAUACACAUUAAAAAAGCAAAUACAAAAUUACCCUAAGAACAAUUUUGUUAGAUAAAAAGCAGUUAAAAAAGUUAAAAGUUAAAAACAGUUUAAAGUCUCAUGCUGGGUUAAAAGCCAGUGAAUAAAAAUGGGUUUUAAGAAGGGUCUUAAAAAUAGCCAAAGAAGGGGCCUGUCUCACAUGAAGUGGAAGAUCAUUCCAGAGUUUUGGGCCCGCAACAGAGAAGGCUCUGUCCCCCCUGAGCUUACGCUUGGAUUUGGGUACCUCCAGGAUCAGCUGAUCAGCUGACCUGAGGGACCGGGUGGGGGCAUAGAGGUGGAGCAGCUCAGAGAGGUAAGGUGGGGCAAGACCACGUAAGGAUUUA